GUUUCUAAGUGUUAUCGGAUUUGGCCGGCUUUUCUGUUUACUUUUUGGAUGCUAUAUAAUUUUAAAGAAUUUCGGAAAACAAUAUGACAUGCGAUGAUACCACCGAAGCGCUCGCCACUCACAUCUGUGAGCUGUUGGAGUUCUAUAUGCUGCCGGAGCUGAAGGAGGACCUGGACAACAUUCAGCUGGAGACGUCGCAAUUCGACAGCUACCAUUCCCUACUUAUUCAGGAUCUGCCAAAGCUCUACGAUUUGGUGCAGGAAUUCCUCCAGAAGAGUGGCGAUGCAGGACACGAAAAGCUGAGAUUCAAGCUCCUCCUGCUGAUUUGCGAAUUGACAGCUUCGCCUACAAUUUACCAACUAAAUGACGAUUCUGGUAAUCUCCUGAGGAAUGCCAAUGAGUUGGCUAGUAAGCUGUCUCCCAAUUGGUGGAAGUCGACGGAUGUUCAAAUCCUGAAAUACUACGAGAAGAAACUGCACAGGGAUUGCUGGAAAAGACAACUAGGGGCUGUACAUGGUUUCGGCAGAUAUCUAGAGCUUCGUUACGGAAAGAAAUCCACAAUGCCCACCCAAAUGUUGGCUUUCGCACUAUCCGUGGGUCUUAAUGUGCGGGAAUGCUAUGAUACCAUCUACAAGCAACUCGGGGUUAAGAUCUUCUCAGUGAUGUUGAAAUUUAGCGAUUCCAAGGACAUUCAGGCACUAAACGUGCACAGUGUGAUCUAUGACCAUGCCCUCAAGGAUGUGUACAACAUGGACUCCAUUGAAGCCAUCGACUCUGUUUGGAACUGCCUGUAUUUAUGUCUGGAUCACUUUGUAGAUCUAGAUGCUUUCACGUGGAACCAAUGCGACGACAUGCUGGAGCGCCUCAUUCAGAACGUGACAAUGGCCUCUAGCCCUAAAGUUAUAAUUUGCCUGCUGCAGUAUAUCAUCCGACUGGGAUACUACUUCACCAUCAAUCGCAGCGAUGUGGAAACUGCUUUGGCCAUGGAUAUAUGCGAACCAGAUAAAUUGGUAGCGUGUCGGGACAAAUGCCUUGCUCUAAAUGUUAGCACCAGCUAUCGUUGGGCCAAGGCCAUCCUACAAAUGCUUGUCCUGGAGUCGAGCAAGCUGCUCCAAGGUGUCGAGGUAUGCACUGCGCUGUUGGAGCAACUGCUAAGAUGCUAUAUGGUUUGCAUCAUGCCAAUUCCUCUGCAAGCUUUGCAUCCGCACCUGCCGGAGUUUUACGGGAAGUUUGUGGCUGUACUAAUGGAAUGUUUGGUGGCCCACGAGAAGGCACCUCCAGUUCUAAAACUCGUUUCCCGGUUCACCGAAGUCUUUAGGUUCCAACUGGAAAUCGGGAUAACCGAAACAAUGCCCGCACAACUAUCAGAAUUCAAGGAGGCUCUGUCAAUUGUACACCUCAAGAUUUGUGAAUAAAUAUGGGGGUCUUUAUGUUAUAUAGCGAUCUAGUAAGAAGCGA